AUGCAGAAUUUCUCCGAGAAAUUGGGUUGGAGAAUGCAGAAAGGGGAUGAAGGGUUGGUGCAAGAUUUCUGCAAUGAGAUUGGAGUUUCAAGAGGGGUCUUCAAGGUGUGGAUGCACAACAAUAAGAACAUAUGCAGGAAGCGAUCGUUGGAGCCUGGUGAAAAGAUCAAUGGCAAUGGUUCGGAUAGUCUUAAUAACAAUCGUUGCAACACAAACAGCACCACCGAUGACACACACUGA